CGUUCAGACUUCGUCGCGAUCUCGGGCCGGGCGGCGUUUUAAACGCCCCCACACGGCUCCUUCCUGGCGACACCUGUCCUUCCCCUGCCCCUCGCCGCGCCGCCGCGGUCGUACCCCCUCUCGUCGCCAACCAGUCUUGCUCUGCCCAACCCUCUUGCUCCAAGCGUUGCUGAUUAGCUGCUCCUGCCGCUGGGUGUGUGCUCGUGAGUUGUGAGGGGAUUUUUGAAACGUACUCCUGCUAGCUUAGGUGAGUUUGGUGCGCGAGGUGAAUUCGGGAUUCGUGUUUGGAUAUGGAUUUUCCGGGAGGGAGCGGUAGGCGGCGGCGGCAGCGGCAGCAGCAGCAGCAGCCAGAGCAGCUGCCUCCGAUGACGCCGCUGCCGCUGGCGCGGCAGGGGUCGGUCUACUCGCUCACGUUCGACGAAUUCCAGAGCGCGCUCGGCGGGGCGAGCAAAGACUUCGGAUCCAUGAACAUGGACGAGCUCCUCCGCAGCAUCUGGACGGCGGAGGAAUCGCACACCGUCGUGAACGCCACCGCGUCGGCGUCGUCCGCGGCGGCAGACCUGGCCGCGCCCAUCCAGCGCCAGGGCUCGCUCACCCUUCCCCGCACGCUCAGCCAGAAGACAGUCGACGAGGUCUGGCGAAACAUCAUGUGCUUUGACGCCCCUUCCGAUGAGGCGGCGCCGCCGCCGCCCCCACCGGCCCAGCGGCAGCCGACGCUCGGUGAGAUCACGCUGGAGGAAUUCCUCGUACGCGCCGGCGUGGUGCGGGAGGACAUGACGGCCGGGCCGCCGGUACCGCCUGCGCCGGCGCCUGCGGCACCCCCGCCACUUCCUCCGGAACCGUCAAUGCUAUUUCCCCAUGGCAAUGUGUUUGCUCCAUUGGUGCCUCCACUGUCUUUGGGGAAUGGGUUGGUGACGGGCGCUGUCGGUCAGGGAGGUGGUGCCGCGGCUUCGGCGGUGUCACAGGUGGGGCCGGUUACAUCCAACGGGUUUGGCAAGAUGGAAGGCGGGGACUUGUCCUCUCUGUCGCCAUCACCGGUGCCAUACGUUUUCAAUGGUGGUCUGAGGGGAAGGAAGGCAUCGGCGAUAGAGAAGGUGGCCGAGAGGAGGCAGCGGCGGAUGAUCAAGAACCGGGAAUCCGCCGCGAGGUCUCGCCAGAGGAAGCAGACAUAUAUGAUGGAAUUAGAAGCUGAGGUGGCAAAACUUAAAGAGCUCAACGAAGAGUUGCAGAAAAAACAGGUCGAAAUGCUGGAGAAGCAAAAGAAUGAGCAGGUCCUGGAGAGAAUGACCCGGCAAGUAGGACCCACGGCAAAGAGAAUUUGCCUGCGGAGGACACUGACAGGUCCCUGGUAAGCUGUAGGCCUGUAACUAGAAUGUAGCACCUGCGAUCCGUUCGAAAAAAAGAAAGCAGUACCUGCGUCGCGAGCAGUGCAUAUAGUAGGUGAACGCAACCGCCAGAGUUGCCCUUGUAGACACAGCCAUUAAUCCGAUGCUUCAAUCUCUCAGGCUGAUGGGUUGCCUGUGAUUUUCACUUCAUAGAUUUUGGCCGUUGGCUUAAUGUUCGAGACAGUAGAGGGGCAUUGUAUGUAACCUUUUUAAUGUGGUCAAUUUAUUGACCCAGGGAGUGCGUGCUUGUUAGAUGUUACAUGUUAGA